GAAAAUAUUUAUUUUAAUUUUGUUGUUUAUCUUGUUAACUGCCCUGGGAUCUUAGGAUGAAAGGCAGUAUAUAAAUAUAAAUACAUUUAUAAUAUACACUUCAGUGCUGGAUUUGUGAAACUGAUAGCGAAUACAAACUCUGCUUUGAAGACUAAGAACUUAAUUCUUAAGAUGUGCUUAAUGAAUAAGCAUUAAAAGCCUUUUAAGCAUCCUCGUAUUUUAAUGUGGGAAUAUAUAAUGGUAGGGAUUUUUGCAUUUAAAGCUAGUCAUCAGCGUUUCUGGUAGGCAGGGUGGAUAAAAAUCAAUGAUUUUUUAAAAAAAAUCAAAAAAAUCGGAUUUUUUUGAUUUAAAUUGGAUUUUUUUGAUUUAAAUCGGAUUUUUUUAAAUAAAAUGCUUUUUGAGGAAAAUAUAUUACCAUCCAAAGGUUAUUCCAUCAUGAAAUAAAGAUUAGUUUUUUAAUUAUGUAGAAUAAGGCUGUAUAUGUUUAUUUUUUUUGGUAAAUAAAUUCCAUUAAUCCAUUCACAAUGUCAUGCUCUUCCAGAGGUUUUUGUAAGAUUAUUGGGCAGUUUCUCUGCCUACAAGAUAUUAUCACAGAUGCUUGGUUUACUUUUGCAGUUCUCAAAACUGAAUUUGACUCAGCAGAGAUCACAUGCCUCUCCUUCACAGCAAAAAUGUUAUGACAUGAACAGAGUUGAGAAAAAGACCUUAAUCCUAUUGUUCUACAAACCUAUGAAUACAGAAUCAACCCCUUCAGUGCUAAGUUUCAAGAAGUUCAGUGAAAUAGAAUAGAAACAAUAUUUUUCUGAUUGUUUGGAGUGGAAUAGAUCUGCACAAGAAGAAAGUGAAACUAAGUGUGAGGAGGGAGGGGCAAGCAGACAAGCAGUACAAAAUGAAAGUGAAACUUUCUGAGCACAAUACUGCAUAGCCACAGACAGACAAGUCUUUGGAUCUUUUUGUGUGUAUGACCUGAGGUUUAUCACAUUCUUUCCUUGGAGGAAAAAACCUAUAAUGGCAGCAGGCGGUAAAAGAGACCCAGUUUGGCAAUAUUUUAAUGAAGUUCCUUUACCUAUCGGUAAGGCAGGCAUGCGUGCAAAAUGCAAACACUGCAACAAAGAAAUGCAAGGCCUGGUGGCCCGAAUGAGGCAACAUCAUGAGAAGUGCUGUGAUGAAGAUGACCAAAGAAACACAUUUGAAGAGGCAGGAUCUUCAGGGGAAUUCAUGGAUUCUGGAAACUAUCCACCUUCAAGAUCACCAUCCUCCUGUUCUACAGUUUCAGAGUUAUCCAUCCAGGAUAGUGCUUCAUUAGCAUCAUCAUCAGACACCCACAGCCACAUAUCACUAUCACCUAAAAGAAAGAAAAAAUCCUUCCCUCCUGGAACCACCAUAGAUAAGUUUGUGAUAAAAACUAGCAGAUUAGAAAAAGAGUUAAUUGAUGAAAAAAUUGCCCAGUUUGUUUAUGCAACGAACUCUUCUUUCCGUCUGACUGAGAACCCACAUUUCAUUAAUAUGGUUCAGUCACUGAGACCAGGAUACAGUCCACCCAGCAGAGCAGAUGUUGCAGGGAAACUGCUGGAUAAAGUGUAUGACAGAGAAAUGGAGCAAUGUGCAACAGCUCUGGAGGGUAGAAUUGUUAACCUAAGUAUUGAUGGGUGGAGUAAUGUCCACAAUGAUCCUAUUGUAUGUGCUUGUAUAACAACAGAAGAAGGGAAAGUCUUCCUUGCACAAACAAUUGAUACGUCAGGAAAUGCACACACAGCAGAAUACUGACAAGAAGUGGCAGUAAAAGCUAUAAUAACAUGUGAACAAAAAUUCAAAUGUCUAGUACGCAGUUUGGUCACAGACAAUGCUGCAAAUGUAUCCAAGAUGAGAAGAAAUUUAGAAGAGCAGGAAGGGAAUACAAAGCUAAUAACAUAUGGUUGCAGUGCUCAUUUGCUGCACCUCUUAGCCAAAGACUUAAGUGUUCCAGAAAUAAAGACUAAUGUUGUUGAAAUUGCUAAAUACUUCCGUAACAAUCACUUUGCUGCAGCAGCUCUGAAAAGGAUGGGUGGAACCAAGCUAACGCUCCCACAAGAUGUUAGAUGGAACUCUGUGGUGGACUGUUUUGAGCAGUAUAUCAAGAACUGGCCUAUUCUGAUGACAGUUUAUGAACAAAAUCGAGAUAAAAUAGAUGGCACUGUCACGGCCAAAAUCCUCAACAUUGGGCUUAAGAGAAAUGUUGAACAUAUGCUGAGCAUCCUGAAACCCAUCUCUGAACCUUUAAACAAAAUACAGAAAAAUAGCUGUUUUAUUGCUGAUGCUGUUGAAAUUUGGAAGGAACUGAGUGAACACUUAAAAACAGAACUACACAUGGACAGAAUUAAAUUACAAGCAUUAAAAAAACGAAUGGGACAAGUACUGUCUCCAGCUCAUUUAUUGGCAAAUAUUGUCAAUAUCCAGUACCAGGGUCAAAACUUAAGUGCUGAGGAAGAGGAGUUAGCUAUGACAUGGGUAUCCAGCAAUCAUCCAUCUGUAAUGCCAACUAUAAUAAACUUCAAAGCUAAGGGGGAACCAUUCAAGAAAUAUAUGUUUGCUGAAGAUAUUUUAAAGAAAGUCACACCAGUGAACUGGUGGAAGUCACUUAAGCACUUGGAUUUAGAGACUGUUCAAGUAAUGAUUUCACUUUUAACAACAGUAGCUUCUUCUGUAGGCGUUGAAAGAAUAUUCUCUUCCUUUGGACUCAUUCAUUCUAAAUUGAGAAAUCAUUUGGGACCCGAUAAAGCAGGAAAGCUUGUUUUUCUUUUCCAGAUUAUGAACAAAGAAGAAGAUGAAGAUGAUGAGUGAGCUACAGAGGACAGUAUUUAAGUUUUUCAUGUGUAGGCUGGGCUGACAGUCUAAGUUUCUUAAAAUAUAUAUAUUUUGUUUAGCCAAAUUAGUUAACAAACAUGGAUGUUUGUUUAAGCAAAUAACAUAUGCUGUAAUGUUAUUGUUUCAGUUGAAUAAAUCUAUUUAAAUUGUUA